AUGCCCCCCUCCUUCACUUUCUCAAACUCACCAAUGAUGUACCCCCCCUCCCUUCACUUUCUCAAACUCACCAAUGAUUUGCCCCCCCCUCCCUUCACUUUCUCGCACUCACCAAUGAUGUACCCCCCCUUCACUUUCUCUCACUCACCAAUGAUUUACCCCCCCCUUCACUUUCUCGCACUCACCAAUGACCCCCCUUCCUUCACUAAUGAUUUACCCCCUCCCUUCACUCACACUAAUGAUUUACCCCCUCCCUUCACUUUCUCGCACUCACCAAUGAUGUACCCCCCCUCCUUCACUUUCUCGCACUCACCAAUGAUGUACCCCCCUCCCUUCACUUUCUCGCACUCACCAAUGAUUUACCCCCCUCCCUUCACUUUCUCACACCUGAUAGAAGAUGAGGAGCAGUUUUAUGCUGUAAAGGUGCUAGACAAAAACCAAAUUAUUCUUGAGAAUGCAGUUCAGCAAUGUAAGGAUGAAGCUACUAUUCAGUCAAUGCUGGGUCAUCAUCCUUUUAUAGUAAAGGUUCUGGAGUUUUGGCAAUCCAGAAGUCAUUUGUAUAUAGUGCUUACAUUUGUCCCUUAUGGUGACAUGUUCACAUUAUGGAGUUAUCAUGGACACUUCCCUGAAACUCUAGUCAAAUAUCAAAUUGCUGAACUGGCAGUUGUGAUUAGUUAUCUCCAUAAAUCAGGAGUGAUUUACAGAGACAUGAAGAUGGAAAAUAUUUUAUUUGAUUUUGAUGGUCAUACCCAGAUAACAGAUUUUGGACUGGCGAAAUGGCUAACUUAUGGGGAAAAAACUCGAACUGUAUGCGGGACAUUACAGUACAUGGCCCCUGAGGUUCUUUCAGUGGUGGCGUAUGGUCACACUGCAGACUGGUGGUCACUAGGAGUUCUCAUGUACACAAUGCUAACUGGAGAAUAUCCAGUUGAUGGUGCAGCAAAUCAUUUUGAAAUGGCCAGCCUUGUAUCUGAGUGUGAAUACUUGUUACCAACGUAUAUUUCAGAGAAAUGCCAGGCUGUAGUUAGCCGGUUAUUAACAAAAUGUCCUAAUCGACGACUUACAGAUCUCUUUUCACUACAAAACCUUCCAUUUUUUAAAGGCAUUGAUUUUAAUGCUUUAAUAGAAAAACAGAUCUCAUUGAGAAAUGUAGUUCCUCCAGAUUUUUUUGAUGUCCCUGUAGAAAGUGAAGACAGUUAUUUGUGCAAUGGAUCAUUAAAUGAAUUCAGUGAGUUUGAUGACUUUGUUUGGCAUCUUCCACCAGAUGUUGUUCCUGUUUAUGUGUAA